GAGACACGGAACACGGAAUUUGGGCUCCGAACCACAACGGACGAACUCCAACCCUUUACUUUCUUGAACGACCAGUACCCCCUCAUAUUCAACCAGCCAGAGAGGACAGAGAACAGCGAGGCUGGAGGAAAGCUAUCACUUGUAGAGAGACUGGAAGAGAAGAAGCAGGCAGGGGGUGUGUCACAUUCAACGACCGGCGGAACAGUCUUCUUUCAAAACGUCAGAUUCGUCUAUAUUUCCAGUGCCCUGCACCUCGGCGCUUCCACAACCUCAUCACAUUAGCCGCACAUCCUCACGACACCUCACGGCAAAAUGGCCGGCAUCGUAGACUUCAUAAGCAGCAAAAUAGACCCCGUCUCCUUCUUCACCUCCUCUUCCUCCGCUGCAUCCUCCGUCUUCCCCUACGCCCUCGACCCCUUCAGCACCGAUUUCAACUCUCUCCAGCCCGAGCACGACCAGGACCUCGCCUCGUUCGCGAUACGGCAAUAUGUCGUAGCCGUUCUUUCGGCGCCGCUGCGUGUCGCAGAGACGUUGGCGGAGGUACAGUGGCAGCCUCAGGAGGAGGAUGAGGGGGACGCUGUGGGUGUUGUUGGGGAGGCUGGGCGAGGGUUGGUGGCGCCGGGGACACCGCCCAAAGCGAUUUUGGGGGAUGACGAGGUUCUGCCGCCCUUGCAGGGUGGGACGUGGGAGAAUUUGAGGGAUGUGGUGGAGAGUGAUGGGGAGGGAUUUACUUCAUUGCUGAAAGGCCACUUCACCUCAUUCUGCCACGCGACCACAUACCAUAUCCUCCAACCCACCCUCGAAGACACCAUAAACGACGUAUUCGACAUCUACGAAGAUACCCACCCAGUCACCCUCGUCGCAUCCCAUCUCAUCGUCGGCGGUCUCCUCAGCCCCCUCGAGCUCGCCCGCACCCGGUUAAUCGUCCAAGCAUCCCCCUCACACCGCAAAAAGUACUGGGGCCCGUUCCACGCCCUCCACUGCGUCACCACCGAAGAGCCCGCGGGCCUGCUGAGUCUCUACUCCCCCCGGCACCUAAUCCCCUCGAUCCUCAUCUCGGGAAUGUCCCCGCUCAUCCGCGCGCUGUCCAAAGUCUUCAUCACAGAGGAACUCGGUCUCGAUCCGUCCUUCUCGCCGUUCUGGCAUCACAUGGCGACACUGGGCGCCAUGGCCGUGGAAGUCGCCAUCGUCACCCCGUUCGAGAUUGCGCGGAAAAGAUUGCAGGUGCAACGGUUGACGAAAGGGAAUGUGGACGUCCUGCCCCAGGCGUUCGACACAUGCGUCGAAGUCUCCCCCCGCUACUAUUCCGGUAUCUUCGACUGCAUGCGGUCCAUCGUCAUGGAGGAAGGCGGGACAGCCCACCGGCGUCGGCGUCGGUUAAGACGGACCCGCGGGCGCGCACUCCCUCACUCGCCAUCGGCAUCUACCGCUAACGACUGGCACAAGAUCUAUGAUUCGGACCUCCCACACGGGUUCUAUGACGGCACUGGGGAGACGGGUGUGAGGGCAACGGGCGUGGUUGCGUCGGUGGGGAGGUUUGCGACGGGCGUGCAGAGUCUGUAUAGGGGGUUUUGGGCACGGUAUGCGACGAGGGUGGUUGCGUAUGCGUGUGAUGAGAUGAUUAAGGCUGAGGAAGAGUGGUAGGAUAUCAAUCAGGAUAGUGGAUGUAGAAAACCGUUUUCGUAUACCGUACUGUAGUUAUGUGUAGCUUUAAUUCGAGACGACCAGGCGUAAUCAGUGAUUGUGAAAUAUUAUGCG